GAUGAACAAACCGGAAAAACGUCAUCACACUGACAGCAGGAAACAGCCAGGUGGCGGGAAAUACUAACAGACUUAUGAAGCGCAGACUUUACUCACACGUCUCUGUAUAAACACAGCGUUCAGAAAGCUAUUGUUGGUUACUGCUGUGUUGGGUACGUUUAAUGCGUCGGUAACUGAUCGGUCUGUUUGAUCCUGUUCAUGUUACAGCAUCCGCUCUCUAACAGCACGAUGGUUCAGAUAGUCAUAAGGUCCAGUGUGGAUGGCAGCAGUCCUGCCGAGUGGCUGCUGGUGGAGCUGCAGGGAGAGAUGUUUUCCAGACACAACUCUGGUCUGGCUGGACAUGUGAUGGGAGACCUGCUCUACACCAAAGAGGGGCUGCCACUGCUCAUUGUAGGACAUCAUAUUCUUUAUGGGAAGCAGGUGAAAUUGGAAAAACCCUUUGCUGUCCUGACCAAGCAUUCCAGCCGUUUGCAGGACAGCCCGUUAGGCCGUGACAGCGACAAUGAGAACGAUGGGGUACCCAUGGAAACCAACCAGCCAGGAGCCACCUCCACCUCUUACAGCGUGACAGCUCUCAUCAAACGGAAGCUGAUCUUCAAGACGCGGCCCAAACCCAUCAUCACCAAUGUCCCCAAGAAGCUCUAGUGGGACUGCAGCGUCUCCUCGUGGGGUCGGAGGUCACACUGAUCCGUCUGACCUUCAGAGGUCACUCCCCUCUGAUAUCAGGCAGUGGAUUAGAUGUGUGUUGAACAACUGAUAAAUCCAUAACCCUCAUUGAUCAAUGCUGGAAACCUUUAAACAACGACUGGUUCCAACGAGAGACUUUAAUGACGCCUCCUUCCAGUAGGAAUAAAAAUUGUAUUAUAAAUGUUUUAUUAUAUUUCUGAGAUUUGUAUAAAACCGAGUAUUAAACCAAUACUGACUCUUUA